UUGUGUAUGUAUACACACAGACUAAACAUUCUAGUGUAAUAGGGAGAUAACAAACUGAAUCAAAUGUGUUAAGCACAAGUGUUUAUAUGCAAAAGCUUAUACUAUUCUUUCUUUUUUAUAAAUCUGAUUUAGGUUCACAACUUGCAUCCUACAACAUCCAGAGUAACAUGUCCAGAGUAAGCGCAACUGUGAGGGAGACACCGUCCAUGGCUGAGGGUCCACACUGAGCAAUUCAUUCGCAGCAUGAAGCAACACAAGCUGGACAGUCUUCAUCUCUUUCUAUUACAGCAAGCAACCAAACCAGAUUUAUACAAUGGCUUGCCUUUUGCACAUUAGUAAAAGCUUGAGCUAAAUAUUAAAGUUCACACACUGUACAUAAUUUAUAUGUUGUUGCCUGCACUGCAGGAAUAUAAAGUUGUCAAUAUAAUAAACAUUAAUUUUCAGCAUAUUCAUUUAAACAUAUAUUACAGAACAAUUUGAGUGAACAAUUGCUCUAACUAUUGUAAAUAUGAAUAAUUUUAGAUGAUACUAAAUAAUAGACUUUAAUUCUAUAAAUAAAUUGUAUUUUUAUUACCUGUUCUUACCUGAAGUUUAACAUCUCCUUGACAGAUGUGGAGGAGGAGGAGAAAAAAGAGAUAGAGAACAUGAUCGUGGUGGAGGAGAUGGAGAAUAUAGAGGAGGAGGAGAAAAAUUCUGAAGAAAAGUCACCCUCCAUUUCACCAAAACAAGCCACUGAUGAUGAUCAAGAGGAGAUCAUGAAGGAGGAAGAGGAGAAAGUUGAGGAGGAGGAGAAGGUGAAAAUGUUGGGGGAAAAGACAAGAAAGACUAGACAAGAGAGGAGAGGAAGGAACAGAAAGAAAGAGGAGGCAAUAAUAAAGGAGGAGAAGAAAACUACAAUAAAAGAGAAGGAGGAGGAGGAAAUGGAUAAAACUGAGAAGAUGGCACAGACGGAGGAGAUGGAGGAGGUGAACACCAAGAAGGAGGAGGAGGACAAUAGAACUGAGGAAGAGGAGGAGAUAAGUGAGAAGGAGAAAAAGAGAAUUCAGGAAGAGAAGUGGAAGAACAAGAGACGGAAGAGGGAGAGAUAUGGAAAGAAAGAGAAGACAAAGGAGAAGGAGAAAAGGGCUGAGAAAGAAAAGUGAAAGAAGAGACAGAGGGGGAAGAAAAGUAAAAUAAAGAAAUGGGACAUGCUGUAUGAGGAGAAAAUCCAGAAGGAUUUGGAGAAAUUGAAGGAUGAGGAAGAGGAGGAUAUGGAGUGUGAUGUAGAAUCUGUGUUACAGGCUCAGAGAUCUGAUGUGUUUCAAUGUGGUGGUGUUGGUAAUGGAGUCUAUGUCAUAUAAUAAACAGGGGUGGAGGGCUGAUUUUUAUUGUUGUUGAGUUCUAAAUAAACAAUGUAAAACUCAAAUACUGUCCUCGUCACUUCUUUCACCUAUUUCAUUUUCAUGCUUUCUCUCCUUUUUAUUCUG